CUCAGGUGCGCCUCCUCACGCUGCUCUUAUAGUACCAUUGAGCGCGCUGUGCCUCCGGCGUGUUCAGGCUUAACGUUUGCUGUCAAUGUAGGGUGCACACUACUAGCACAGUGAAGGCGCGGUGGAGAGAAUCAAUCCUUCACCAGACUACUCUCGGUCUCAAGAGGUUCGCGAUGGCGCAUGAUAUACACGCUCAUACAAUUGUCAACGAUGACAUGGCUGCCGUGGCUGGCAUGUCCAGAUCUGAAAUGCGCGUGUGGGCAGAGAACCAAGUCGAGGAAGUCCACCGCAUUCUCGCCAAUUCUCACCGUCGUCUUGAGAAUCUCCACGCCAUCCUGAACUAUUCGGCUCCUGUCAAUCAGCUCCCUGACGAGUUGCUUGUCGAGAUCAUCCGCAACAUCAAACAUGACGUCUCUCAGUCGUUGAAGCAGUGGAUCGGGACAACGCAUGUUUGCCACCGCUGGCGCGUAGCUGCUUUGAACGCCCCGCUUUUGUGGGACGUGAUCCACUUCGACAGCCGUCACAUACGCGAACUGGACAUAGCCCAACUAUGUCUAAGGCGUUCCAAAAAUGCCUCUUUGCAGAUUCACGCGGAUAUGGGCUACUCUGAGUUUGCAAUGCAAGUUCUGGCCCGAGAGGAGCACCGCAUAGCUUCCUUGAAAAUCGCCGACUUAUCAGUGGACCGUGGCCUGUGGAGACUCGCACGUAACCUGAGUCUAAUGGUGAAUCUGCAAACUCUGGAGUUGUCGUACGGCAUAUACAGAAGUCCAUACACGGAGGAUACGCUACAGCUGCCUGCCGAGUGCGCUGCCCGACUUCGCACGAUUUGGGUCAGGAACAUAUUUCUGCGGGUGGUCGCUCCUCUCAGCAACCUGACGUAUCUCGACAUGUCGACCUGCGCGCCCAAUCGCGCGGCUUGGCCCUCUCUACUGAGGCGCUGUCCGAGGCUCGUGUCCCUCUGCCUGAUGCAUACGCAACAAUCAACAUACUCGCAAUUCGCAAUCGGCGGCGUGGACCUCGCUGCUUCCAGGCAAGAAGAUAGCUCGGAGGGGGAGGGAUUCCCUCAGCGACUUACAAUGCGAGAACUGGGCACCCUCAAACUCGAGCUACCCCCCGACCACAUGUUCGCCAUCCUCGACCAAUUUGCCUUCCCUCAAGCGACACACAUAUCGUUGGUUGUCCUCCCCGAGUUCGCCGAGCCGCCGACGUUGUCCGCCGUAGCGAUGCUCAGGCAAAUGGCUAAUGUGGCCGUUGUCUCGUCAAUACAAUAUAUCCGCGUCGUGCUGAGUGAUCAUUUCAACCUGCUCGCCUGGCCGAUUCAGGACGAGGAGCACGACCCUUUGCUGCGGUUCGUGAUACCCUCACAGCGGAGGGAGGAAACCGCCGCCUUGUUGAUACGUGAGAUGAUGAGCGCGUUCUCGCUCUCGCCCCUGACGUUCUUAAACCUUCAAACCACCUGGACUCGUACGUUGGACGAAUCACUUUGCCUUGAAUUGCUCUGUCGAUACCCUCUUCUGGCGAAACUGCGAGUGGCAGGCAUCUAUGGCGCCUCCCCCGUUCUGGCUGCUCUACGUCAGCCUGCCACAUCUGCUGUGCACGCGGUGGUAUGCUCGGGGCUCGAAGUUGUCGGGAUCUACGUGCCGGACCUUUCUGAGACCGUCAACCUGGUUUUGGAUGUCCUACGCUACAGGAAUGCACAGGGAUCGCGACUGAAGGAACUGCAUUUGAUAACUUUCCAGGACGACGAGUCGGGUGUAGAUCCUUCGGUCAUGAACCAGCUCAAACAUCUUGUGGAUGUGGUCAAAAUUUCGUACAGUCCCAGGACAAUCGGCGACUGAAGCCCAGUGCGUAGGAAACAAACGUCCUGAGUGAUUUGUCGCUGAGCGCUCCUGGACUCCACCACUUUGUGUACUUACUAUCCUAUCCAUCGCCCGGCUCGCUAUGUCGAUAUUUUUCCAAACCGUAGGC